CCCUCGUUGACCUAAUAAGGCCAUGCAGCAUGGGAGGAAUAAAUAUAAAAGGCGCGGGCUCCCAGAAACUUUGCUUGAGGACUGGGAGAGAAGACUAGAGCCACCCAGAAAGACGACCAUGCCUAAGGAGUGGGGCUAUGCUGGCCACAACGGCCCAGACCGAUGGCAUGAACUUUACCCUAGUGCCAAGGGAAAUAACCAGUCUCCUAUUGAGCUGAAUACUAAGGAUAUUAAGCAUGACCCUCUUCUGCUGCCAUGGUCAGUGUCUUAUGACCCUGGCUCUGCCAAGACCAUCCUGAACAAUGGGAAGACCUGCAGGGUUGUGUUUGAUGAUACUUAUGAUCGAUCAAUGCUGAGGGGUGGUCCUCUCACUGGACCCUACCGACUGCGCCAGUUUCAUCUUCACUGGGGCUCCUCAGAUGACCAUGGCUCUGAGCACAUUGUGGAUGGAGUCAAAUAUGCAGCAGAGCUUCAUUUGGUCCACUGGAACCCAAAAUAUAACACAUUUGGAGAAUCUCUGAAGCAACCUGAUGGUAUAGCUGUGAUUGGCAUUUUUCUGAAGAUAGGGCAUGAGAAAGGCGAGUUCCAGUUGUUCCUUGAUGCACUGGACAAAGUUAAGACUAAGGGUAAGGAGGCACCCUUCACCAACUUUGAUCCAUCCUCCCUGUUCCCUGCCUGCCGGGACUACUGGUCCUACCAUGGCUCCUUCACCACCCCUCCCUGUGAGGAGUGUAUUGUGUGGAUCCUGUUGAAGGAGCCCUUGACUGUAAGCUCCGACCAGAUGGCCAAGCUGAGGAGCAUCUUGUCCAGUGCUGAGAAUGAGCCCCCAGUUCCCCUCGUGGAGAACUGGCGCCCUCCACAGCCCAUCAAUGGCAGGCUGGUGAGAGCCUCCUUCAAAUGAGAACACAGAAGUUGGCCCUUUUCAAGAAAGGAAAUCUGCCAUUGGAGAGCUUGGUUCCUUGUUUCCCUUUGGUGCUGUUUGAAGUGUAUUUCAGCUUUCUACACGGAGCAAUGAAUGGGAGAGAUGUGAUCACCAAGAAAACAAACUUACUUUUGACGAGAUCAAGUAUGAAAGCACUUAGCCUUUGUAAUAAUCAACUAUCCUUUAAGUAGCAUUUCUAGUAAGGUUUCAAAGAAGAAAAAAUGGAUGGAAAAGCUAUUGGCAUCAUUUUCUGUUAUCUUAAAUUAGACAAAAUAAUUUUCCGAGCUUUAUAUUAUGAGCUGUUAGUUUUAAAGAGAUAAAUAAUUCUAUAUGGAAGAGCACAGAUAUAUGAAGAUUACAAAUCAGUUUGACACAAGUCAAAUAUUAAAAUUACUAUGGGUAUCAAGAAUUGAGCUGACAAUGUGUUUUCUCUUAAGAGUAACAAGAGGUCCAUCUCUUAUCAGAAUGUUAAAUACUAGAACAAUAACUUGAUUUUGAUUAUUAAUUACAAGAAAACACAGACCAAAAGUUUUAAAAAAAUUUUAACUCAGUAUUUAGAUUUUUUCUUCAUAAGAUGAUUGACUUUUCCUACUAUUUUUCUUUACCUGAGUGAGGGCCAUUUAUUUUACAUGUUUACUACUUUUAUCUUUGCAUGCUUAUUAAAAUGAAAAUGGCCUCAUUUUCUUCUAGUUUGAGGGUGAAAUUCAUAAUUCCUGUAACACACAGAAGUAAAUGUGCUUGAAUUAAAAACGGUUAUACUGAACAUCAAAACUAAUAAAGAAAUGCAUGCAAAACA